AUGGGCGGCAAGACUCUUCAGGUGUCAGGAUUUCCUGCAACUGUCAAUGUUCACCAAGUCAAGGAUUUGUUGGAACGAAUUGUCGGUGUGGGUAAAGUCUGUGCCGUCAAGCUCAGGCCUCCAAAGAACAUCUCUGCAAACUCAAGAUCUUUUGCUAUUGUUCAGUUCGAGACCGAGGCACAUGCUUCGCUGGUGGUGAAUGCGGCUCGAGGGAAUGCACUUAGGAGUGGAAGUAAUUAUCUGAAGGUCCGACCUGCGGAACGUGACAUUGUUCUGAAACCAAGAGCUACGAUGUUUAAACUAAAGAAGGAUGCAACACUGCAUUUUGGCUGCCUUCUGAGGGAAAGAGUUCUAUCUGUUCUGUGGAGUGGAACAGACGUUUCUGUUGAGUUUGGAUUUGCUAUGAAGAAGCUUGACUUUUGCCUGACCUACAAGUUGAAGAUAUACAAACUUGAACUUUCAUAUGAGAGCAUAUGGGAGAUCCAGCUUCAUCGUCCACCUGGAUCAGAAAAAGAGUUCCUUUUGAUUCAGGUUCUGGCUGCUCCAAAAAUUUACGAACAAAACCUACACCGUUCAGGUUCUAUGUACGACGAUCCAUUAUUCAACUAUUUUAGGGAUGAUACUGAUGAUCAGUGGACCAGAACUACUGAUUUUACUCCAUUAGCCAGCAUUGGACAAUCAUAUAUUCUGUGUCUGGAGCUACCACAUGAUUGUGAUCUCCCCAACAUUAAAGAGUACUUUGUUUACUAUAAAGAACACAAGCGUGACUUUCAUUGCCAGCGUGGACAUUCAUAUUCAAGCAAUACUUGCUUUGCUCCAAUUGUGAAAUCUCUUUAUUUCACUGAUGUCCCCUAUGAGAUACUCUUCAAGAUCAACCACAUGGUUCAGAAUGGGACACUUAGUGGGCCGACACUUGAUGACAACUUCUACCGUCUGGUCAGCCCGGGAUAUGUAUGUAUUGACCAUAUAAAGCGUGCACUUGAAAAUAUGUCAUACCUAAAAAAGACUUGCUUGAAUCCAACAAAUUGGUUAUCUGAACAAUACAAAGAAAUUAAGAGAUCACGCUACAUGUUAACAUCACCAAACAUAGCUCUGGAUGAUGAUGGGUUGGUAUAUGUUUACAGGGUGCAAAUUACCCCUGCAAAAGUGUACUUUUAUGGUCCUGAAAUUAAUGUCUCAAAUCGUGUUGUACGGAAUUACGCUGAUGAUUUGGAUAACUUCCUUCGGAUUUCGUUUGUCGAUGAGGACUGUGAGAAGCUUCGUUCGACUGAUUUAUCACCACGUUCUGCUCCAGGAAAUAAUGCAAGGAGAACUGCUCUGUACAACAGAAUUCUGUCGGUCCUUUCAAAUGGCAUCACUAUUGGUAACAAGCACUUUGAGUUUUUGGCUUUCUCUUCAAGCCAGCUGCGGGAUAACUCUGCGUGGAUGUUUGCUUCUCGUCCGGGGUUGUCUGCCAGUGACAUCAGGGAGUGGAUGGGGAACUUCCGUAAUAUUAGAAAUGUGGCAAAAUAUGCUGCAAGGCUUGGUCAGUCCUUUAGCGCCUCAACAGAAACCUUGAAGGUACAUCAGUAUGAGGCGCAAGUAAUUCCAGAUGUGACAAACGGUACGAAGUAUGUAUUCUCUGAUGGAAUUGGAACUAUUUCAGCUGAUUUUGCAGAUGAAGUGUCUAAGAAGUGCAAAUUGGCCCGCUUUACUCCCUCUGCUUUCCAAAUAAGGUAUGGGGGUUACAAGGGUGUUGUCGCUAUUAAUCCAAGAUCACACUGGAAACUUUCUUUAAGAAGAAGCAUGUCAAAGUUUCCGUCAGACAAUAUCACAUUGGAUGUCCUUGCAUACAGCAAGUACCAGCCAUGUUUCCUGAAUCGGCAGUUAAUCACUCUUCUGUCAACACUUGGAGUCAGAGAUAACAUAUUUGAACUGAAGCAACAAGAAGCCGUGAAGCAGUUAAACAGAAUGGUAACCGAACCGCAAGCUGCUAUUGAUGCAAUUGAACUUAUGCCCAUGGGAGAGGUUACCAAUGUUGUUAAAGAAUUGCUGUUAUGUGGCUACCAGCCGGAUCUUGAACCAUAUCUUUCUAUGAUUCUACAAACCUUUAGAGCAUCCAAGCUGCUAGAAUUGAAAACAAAGUCAAGGAUAUUCAUCCCAGAAGGACGAGCAAUGAUGGGAUGCUUGGAUGAAACCCGCACACUGAAGUACGGAGAGGUAUUCAUACAAGCUUCUAAUAGUGCAAUUGACAGUGACAAGUUCGUUGUAACUGGAAAAGUUAUCGUUGCCAAAAACCCUUGCCUCCACCCUGGUGAUAUCCGUAUUCUCGAGGCUGUUUAUACUCCUGUUCUGGACCAUAUGGUUAACUGUGUUGUCUUUCCACAGCAGGGGCCAAGGCCUCAUCCUAACGAGUGUUCAGGGAGUGAUCUUGAUGGGGAUAUAUAUUUUGUUUCAUGGGAUCCAGAUCUCAUUCCAACUCGUAUGGUGGCACCUAUGGACUAUACUCCAGCACCAACAGAAACAUUAGAUCAUGAUGUUAUGAUCGAGGAAGUACAUGAGUAUUUCGCAAAUUACAUAGUUAAUGAGAGUCUGGGAAUCAUUGCCAACGCGCAUGUGGUCUUUGCGGAUAGGGAAAGCUUGAAGGCUGAAAGUACACCAUGCAUUAAGCUGGCAGAGCUCUUCUCCAUUGCUGUUGAUUACCCAAAGACAGGAGUGCCGGCUCAAAUUCCGCCUGAACUACAUGUGAAGGAGUACCCAGAUUUCAUGGAGAAGCUCGACAGGGCUACCUAUGUAUCUGAGGGAGCAAUGGGGAAGCUGUAUAGGGAAAUUAAGAAGCAGAGCCCUCGCAUAGGGCAUUUCACAAAGGAUGUGGCAAGGCGGUCUUAUGACAGUGAUUUGAUUGUUGAUGGCUACCAAGACUACAUCGAGGAAGCUGUGUGGAUGAAGGGAGAGUAUGACUUCAAGUUGGGUAAUCUGAUGGAGCACUAUGGAAUAAAAAGCGAGGCUGAGAUAAUAAGUGGAUGCAUUCUUAAGAUGGCGAAGAAUUUUACCAAGAGUAGUGACGCAGAUGCUAUUAGACAGGCGGUGAAAUCAUUGCGGAAGGAAGCCAGGUCAUGGUUCAGCGAGAUGAACGCCGGUGAGAGCGGGGAUGUCCCUGAAGCCUUGUAUGCCAAGGCAUCCGCUUGGUAUCAUGUUACCUAUCACCCCGAGUACUGGGGUUGUUGCAAUGAAGGAUAUGGUCGGCCACACCUCAUCAGCUUUCCAUGGUGUGUCUAUGACAAGCUGCUUCUCAUCAAGCAGAGAAAGAAAUUUCGAAGGAGGAUGCAGCCUCAUGUGCUUGAUCUCCAGAAUAGCAUGAGCCGAAACAUGAUAUUCGGUUGA